AUGCUAAGAAAAGGGAUAUACUCUUCCCACUUGCACUGAGAAAAGUUCCAUGGCCAAGCCGAAACCCCUCAGACAACCCACCCAACCACCCUUACUCCCCGAAGCCCAAGAACCCGUCAACUCAUGAUCACUGCAAAAUAAUAGGAUGCUGCAGACAGUUAAGUAACCUAGAAAGGUACGACACUCCCUGUGCCGGGCCUGCAG